GCAGCAGCAACACGAAUCAAGCCACGAAUCAAGCGAACCCCGGAGAGCCGAGGAGCCCUGCAGGACCCCCCCCCCCCUCCCCGCCGCCGCCGCGAGUCUCCGGACAUCCAACACGUGGUCCCAGACCUGCACGAGUUUCAUCUGAACAACGACUGACAGAGGAGUUUCUGAGGUUGCUGACGGCGCUGGAUGUGAAGAGCAUCCGGACCAGAAUCCCGGCUCUUCCUGAGACGCGCUCCACCGCCGCUUCACCAUGGCUGAGUUCCCCAACAGCAGCGCAGGAGCCGCCGCCGAGGAGCAACGCUGCAUCCUCAGCGACCAGAUGGGCCCCUUCACCGUCCUCUACAUCCUGGUCCUCCUGGUGGGUCUGCCGGGGAACCUGCUAUCAGCCUGGGCCUUCAUCCGGGGGCCCAGAUCCCAGCAGCGCCACAGCGCCACCGUCUACCUGGUCAACCUGCUGCUGGCCGACCUCCUGCUGCUGCUGGCGCUGCCCUUCAAGGUCCUGAAGGACCUCGGCGUGGCGCCCUGGAGGCUCAUGGUGUUCCACUGCCAGGCCAGUGCGGUUAGCAUCUACAUCAGCCUGUACGCCUCCGUCGCCUUCCUGGCCUUCCUCAUCACCAACCGCUACCUGCAGGACCGCCACACCGUGCGCUCCCUGCGCCUGCAGGAGGCCGGCUUCGCCUGGCUGCUGUCGGUGGUCGUCUGGACGCUGCUGCUGCUCAUCAUGGUGCCCAACAUGGCUCUGCCCAUCAAGGAGGUCCAGGAGCAGCGCUACCUGAGCUGCUCUUCGCUGAAGAAGGACAUCAGCCUCCACUGGCACACCCUGGCCGUCUUCCUCUGCACCGCGCUGUUCGUCAACGCCUCCGCCGCCGUGCUGGUGUCCAGCGGCCUGGCCCUCAAGCGGCUGCUGCACAGCCGCGGCGACGCCAGGCUCUGGGCGGACGCCAGGCAGGUGGAGGUGAGUGUGGCGGCCAUAGCGGGGGCCUACAUCCUCAGCUUCGUACCCUACCACGUGGUGCGGACGCCGUACACGCUGGCACAGGCCAAGGUCAUCACGGACUGCCAGACCAAGAGGCAGCUGUUCCUGGGGAAGGAGACGACGCUGCUGCUGAGCGUCCUGCACGUCUGCUUCGACCCCCUGCUCUUCUUCUACCUCCACCAACCCUUCAGAGCGACGGUCAGGAAGAUGUUCCCCUGCUUCGGAGGCCGGGCUACUGCUGCUGUAGAUGCUAAUGCUGUAGAUGCUGCUGGUGCUGUAGAUGCUGCUGAUGCUGUAGAAGAUGCUUAUGAUGCUGUAGAUGCUAAUCCUGAUGCUGUAGACGAUGCUGCUGAUGAAAUAAUGCUGCCGACGAUCUUUACGCAGCAGGAAGCUGCUUUCUGAUCACACAUCUACUUCAACAAGUGCAGAUACAUGGAGCCAGCAUCUCCAUGUGUGUCGUAUCUGGACUGAAAGCUGGCUACUUGGGUACAGACUGGAUGUGAGCUUGAAUAUGUCUCCAGUAUUAGAUUAGAUUAGAUUCAACUUCAUUGUCAUUGCACAUGUCAAAAGUAGAGGGCAACGAAAUGCAGUUAGCAUCUAACCAGAAGAUUAUUACGGACCUCAAAGGUCCACGAAACCUAUGUGGGUCAAACAUUGAACCAAUCAGGGAUACCGGUGGACUAAAUGGGCUUAGGGUAGGAGAUGGAUGAACUGUGUGGAUCCCAGCUGAGCCCCAAACUGAAGACCAUGUAAAUCCCCCUCGGAGUCCAUUUGCACAAAGAUGAGUAGCACCACCGGAGACCCUGUGGACAAACCCGCUCAGGACUUAUUUUACGGUAUGUUCUUAGCUCACUUGGGUCAAACGUAAAACUACCGGCUGGGAGAGACUUCCGUUUGCCUUAAAACAUUUAUAAAAAUGUAAUUUUAUUCACAAAAUAACUGUUAAGAGUCCAGGACUCUGGUCUGUGUGAAUAGAUCCAAGUCUACCAAAGCGUACCGGUAUUCAGGAAUUAAGAAAUCACAGCCGUUUUAACAUUGAUGUGUCUUUACUGUUCCUGAAAGCUCACAGUUGGUUUGGAGCUUGUUAUGAACUCUCAUAUUCAUGAUUAUAGUUGUUGACAAUGAUCAUCCUCCCUCUUCAGAGUAUUCUUGACGUCUGUUGAUCUUCUUCACCGAUUAUAAGAUUCUGGUCUAAACAGCUGACAGAUGCCGACUCAGAACCAGACUUUUUAGUUUAGGGAUAAGUUGACCUGGUCCAGUAUUGUCGUUAUAUAUAGUAUAUACCAAGACAAAAAAUAAUAACACAAUAAAAUAAAUAAUAAUAAUAAUAAUAAUAAUAAUAAUAAUAAUAAUAAUAAUAAUAAUAAUAAUAAUAAUAAUAAUAAUAAUAAUAAUAGUAAUAAUAAUAAUAAUAAUAAUAAUAAUAGCCCAGCCAUUAUGCUGUUAAAGGUUGUUAAACAUGUUUUAAAACUCAUUGAAGGAACCCUGCCGGACUGCCCCUGUGACGUCAGCCUGCUGUGUGGCGACAGAACCAGCAGAUGGUAGAGUUUACAGAGUUUCAGUCCAUCGCCGUAUUUAUGUAUUCUUCCAUGCAAACAUGAACUCAUUCAGUCUCGACUUCUGAAGUGAAAACCUCAGAACUCAACACCGACAGCUGUUUUGAACCGCAUUUUUAAAACACGAUACCAUCUGAGAGCCUGGACUCUUAACUGGAACGCUGCCUUGUUGUUUAGUGGUAGUUUAUUGUCUUACAUGAUUUUAUCUGUUUCUGUUUUAAGCACUUUGUAUUAUACACUUAGAAAUAUACUAUAACAAAUAAAGGUUUUUAUUUAAAGAUAUAGCUUUUUAAAGUUGUGUAAUGUGGCAAAUGUCCAAACAGGGCCGGUUCUAGAAAAUGAUGACUACGGUGCAUCUCAGAUCAGAGGGGGUGCACAUGCCUGGCACGUUAAUCAACACUAAAUUAUGCAUUUUCCCAUAAUUUCAAGCGGAAUGAUACUAGCUAAACAAGAAUAUUUAAAGUGUAUGUCAAAUUCUUUAUUGCAGCAAUAUUGCUGCAGAACAAAGAAAAUGCUACAUUUAGUCUGGGCUACCUCACCCAUCAGACAAUCUAGCAACAGAAAAUAAAACAUAGCAACAAAAAUAAAUAUAACCAGAAAUAUACAGGACUGUCUUAGAAAUUAGAAUAUUGUGAUAAAGUCCUUUAUUUUCUGUAAUGCAAAAAUGUCAUACAUUCUGGAUUCAUUAAAAAUCAACUGAAAUAUUGCAAGCCUUUUAUUAUUUUAAUAUUGCUGAUCAUGGCGCGUCGCCGCGUACCCUACGCUGUAGGCUACAACGUCGAUUUAACGCGGAACCAUAAAUCAGGCUUAACGCGCGCGCAUUCGUCAGUUUUCUUUUCGUCUUUUCAACUGAGCAUGCAAACACAUAAACUGAGGGUGCAAUGCAUGCUUAUGCACCCUCGUAGAACCGGGCCCGUGUCCAAAUAUGUCAGAAAAUACUCAGAAAUAUGGAAGUUUGGAUCCAUCCAUUAGCUUCAGCCCACAGGUUUGGGUCGUGGAGGUGGAACCCUCUUCCAGGAGGAUAAACCACAGGACUUUCCCCCGGUGGACAAACCUGAAAACCUCCUCCAGGUCCAUCCAGGAGCCCCCCCAACCAGAUACUGAUGGUUACAGUAAUUGGUCUGGCCAGCCAAACGCUUCUCCUGGUGAGAACUCUUUUCUCACAAACGCUUCCACUGGUACAGAAGGUACGUAAUGAUGCAACAUUAUUCCUUCAGUUCAAACUGUGGAAAUUUCUUGAAUUAGUGGACCACAGAAUUCUGCAAAUUAUGUGGAAAUUAGCUCAUAAGAACAUUUUGCCAUUUAAUAUACAGAAGAAAAUUAAAAAAAAGAGAGAAAAUAAGUAUAACUUAAAAGGAACAGGGAUCUUUAAAAAAAUAAAAUUCAGGACAAAAUGAAUGGAACGUUGUGUUUCUGUAAAAGGUAUCAGUUUAUGGAACAAUCUGGAUACAGAAGCCAAAGAAUGCAAAUCAAACAUUACAUUUAAAAGAACAAUAAAAGCCAGUUUGAUGAAGAAAUAUCUUGAUAAUUGUUAAGUUAGGUGGGUUUCUUGUUUCUCUCUGUCUUUUUAGCACCAUUGUCCUAUUUUUUUUCUUUGAAUCAAAAGAGAAUACGACUAUCUGUGAUUGACGACAGCUAUUUUGUGUUAUUUG